AUGCCUCGCAAGCAGGCCCAGUUGCGCGGUCCCAAAGACCGAGAAUUGCAAAACAGGUCGCAGAACAAGAAUACGAAGAGAAAUACCGGAAAGGGCUUGGAUGCGCUCUCCAUCGCUGAGGCUGAAUACCCCAUUAACCCCCGCAUCCGACGAAGCCGUCUAGGCGUAGGUGACGACGAUGAUUUCUCCAAGCGCAAGCGAGACGAUACAGACGGACCGGACAACAAGCGCCGCAGAACGGGCGAAGACGACUCGGGCGAUAAUGAUGGUAGCGAUGGCGAUGGUCGCGAGUGGAAGAUAGGCGAGGUCGACAGUGAUGAUGACGAGGAGCUGGAUAGUGACGAGGCUAUGGGUUCAAGUGAUGAAGAACUUUUCGAGGGGUUUGCAUUCCGCGGAAGCUCUACCACAAAUUCGAAGCCGAAGCCAAAACAGAAUAAAGAGAAAAAGACUCGCCAAAUCAAUCUCGACGAGUCGGAUGAAGACAUGAACAAGAACGAAGAGGAUGACGACGAGGAUGAUGAUUUGGGAGAAGAUGCGGUCGAUCUUCUAACUGCUUGGGAUAUGAAUACAGCAGCAGAGGAGGAAGAUGCCAAGAAGGCCGCCGCAAAGGCUAAGAAGGCCGCGACUGACGACUACGACGAGGAGUCUAGCUCACAAGACGAAGAAGACAGUGACGACGAGUCCAGCGAAGACGACGAUGACGCCCUCUCAGCAUCGGACGACGAUGCAGAUGCUGGAAAUGAGCACGGUCUUUCGAGAUUACAAAACUUUGUCAAUUCAAUGGAGACGGAUACUACCAGCAAGCCAACAAAAAAGAAAGGAUUUGCGCAGGAACAGAGCAAACCUACAGAAUACGGUUUGACAUCUUCGAAGAAAUUGACUGUGGCCGACCUUCUACCCUCGAUUUCGGAUUCUCGCUUGAAAAGCUCAUUAAAGCAUGUCGAUGCCACUGCCGAUCAUAAACAGUCGUCUGGCAUCCCUGGCAAAUUGGAUGCGCCCGCUCCUAAACGCCAGCAAGACCGAAUGGACCGGGAAGCCGCCUACGAGAAGAGCAAAGAGACUAUGGACCGCUGGCUUGAAACCGUCAAGGCCAACCGCAGAGCCGAACACCUCGUUUUCCCUCUCCCAAAUCCUGAUGCGCAAUUGGUACACAAACUGGACGCUCCUAAGCCACAAAACGACCUUGAGUCCACCAUUCAGAACAUCCUGGUCGAGAGUGGUCUUGCAACUACGCAAGGAAAGUCAAACGAGGAUGAAGUCAGGGAAUUCGAGGAGUUGGAGGGACGGAAGUUGCCCAUCGAAGAGAUCCGGGAGCGCAGGGCGGAGCUUCGCAAGCGCCGCGAACUUAUGUUCCGGGAAGAGGUACGCGCCAAACGGAUCAAGAAGAUCAAGAGUAAAUCCUACCGCCGUGUUCAUCGGAAGGAACGGGAAAGGCUGGAGCAGCAAGAAAGACAGGCCCUUACUGACGCUGGUAUCGACUUGGACGAGGAAGAGAAGGAGAAGAUGGAGCGGCAACGAGCGGAGGCUCGCAUGAGCUCGAAACAUAAAGAUAGCAAGUGGGCGAAAAGUCUCAGACAAACUGGCCGUACAGCUUGGGAUGAGGAAGCCCGUCUGGGUGCUGCUGGUCAGGCGUUGAAGGAGGAAGAACUACGGAAGAGAAUCGAAGGCAAGCGUGUGUCUAAUGGUGAUGAUGAUUACCUUGAGCCAUCCAGCUCGGAAUCUGAAGACGAGGAUCCUUGGGCAGAGAAUGGCUCCGAUGUCGAAAAGGACAAGAUCCGCAAGAAGAUUUUUGCGCUUGGAGAUGGCGAUGCAGGGGAAGAAUACAAGGGACCACAUGCGAAGCUUCUCUCUAUGAAAUUCAUGCAGAAUGCGGAAGCUGCACGGAAAGAACAGAAUGAUGCAGAGCUCCGGAAACUAAACCGGGACCUUCAAGGCGGUGAAGAAUCACAGUCUGAGGCGGAGUCAGAAGUUGGUCGACGAAGGUUCGGCCAGAACAAAGCUGAGAAGCCAGAGCAAAAACCGAAGCCAUUCCGCAAGAAUGAGUUUGAAGAGGCACCGGAUUCGGACGAUGAAGAUGCCAUUGAGCCUAAGGCAACUGAGACGACUCAGGCGACCAGCAAGCCCAAGCCGUCCGCACGCCCAGCCAAGAAGGAUGCACCUGCACGUAUCUCAGGCAAUAUCUCGAAGCAGCAAGAGACAAUUGACGAAGUGGAGGAGAAUCCGUGGCUGGUGCAGACGAAUCGUGCCAACCGGAAAGCCAAUGUCAACGACUCGAACCAGUCUGUUGAUAUCUCGAUUAAUGACGCAUUCGUCUCCCCACCCGCCCCCACCCCCAAGUCCUCUAACAUCAGCAAGGGUCAGAAGUCCAAGGCACCGGCUGUUAAGAAGCCGCAAAUAGCCGAAGAGGCUGGCAGUGAUGACGAGGGCCAGGUGCCGGUUCUCCUGAAGAACCAUGAUCUCGUGAAGAGAGCAUUUGCCGGAGACGAGGUGGUACAGGAGUUUGAGCAAGAGAAGCUGGACACCAUUGAAGACGAAGGUGAUAAGGUGGUCGACAACACACUUCCCGGAUGGGGCAGCUGGGCCGGCGAAGGCGUCAGUAAGAAGCAGCAAAAACGGCAAAGGCGUCAUCUUACCACCGUUGAGGGCGUGAAACCCGAGCAGCGCAAGGACGCCAAGCUCUCGAAGGUUAUCAUUAAUGAGAAGCGCCAGAAGAAGAACAACAAGUAUAUGGCUUCUCAACUCCCUCACCAGUUCGAGACCAAGCAGCAGUACGAACGGUCCCUGCGUCUCCCCAUCGGUCCCGAAUGGACAACCAAGGAGACUGUCCAGAACAUCACCAAGCCCCGCGUCAUGAUCAAGCAAGGUGUCAUCAAGCCCAUGGACAAACCAAUGGUCUAA